AUGGACGUCGACGUCUGGACCAUGCAGCCGGAGCAAGAUGAUAAGACGCUACUGGCUGUGGCGAUCCAACGCGGCCACAACGCUGUCGCGCAAGUGCUCUACCCGCGCAUGUACCCAACGCCAGCCUUGAUCCUGGCCACCGACCUCCGCGUCAGAGCGGCCAUCUUUGGGACGCCCAACGUGACCGUCUAUACGGCUUCGUACCACGGCAAGGACGUCGUCUUAAAAGGCCCCAAGUUCCCCAACAAGCGCAUCAUGACAGAAUUUCAAGGCGAAGUCGCCGCCAUGCGAACGGCCAAGUCGCCCUACUUGAUGCCGUUGAUCGGAUUCCUCGACAACCAGUCGGCGGCGCCCCACACGUUCAAGCCGCGCGGGCAGCUGUACAGUCCGACCAUGGUCAUGGAGUACAUGGACCUUGGCGACUUGCACGCGUACAUUCAGGCCAAAAAACACAAGGUACCUGUGGAACUCGACCUCUCGACGAUCGACGUCGCGCUUGUGCUGGCGUUGGCUCUCGUGGAUCUGCACGCCCGCGGUCUCAUCCACCGCGAUGUCAAGAGUCUCAACAUCUUUCUCUCGACGACGCACUAUGUCCGGCUCGGCGACCUUGGCUCGGCGCGGACGCUCGACACAGACAGCGUCAUGUCGUCCAACACCGGCACCAAGUACUGGAUGGCGCCCGAGGUGCUUCGCGUGCCCGGGCAUGGAGGGGAAGGCCGACCGUACACGACGGCCGCCGACAUCUACUCGUUUGGCGUCGUCUUGACCGAGCUGGACACGCUCUCCGAGCCGUAUUCACAUGUCCCGGUCGAGAAGCGCGGCGCGAUCGAGGAGAACGUUCGGUUGGGCAAACUGCGUCCGAAAAUGAGUGCAACGUGCCUGCCCUGGCUCCCAGACCUCGCGAACAAGUGCUUGGCCUUUAACCCGAGAGCGCGCCCGACGGCCGCCGCCAUUGUCGACGAGCUCCUCCUGCAGCGCAAGACGAAGGGCAAUGCGUCUGCCAGCGCUGGUGGUCUACCGCCGUAG